UAAUUAUGGCCUAUUUCAAUGUAAAAAUGCCUGAGGUGAAAGUGAAAUAUGAUUGGGACGCCAUUGAGGUAGGAAACGAGGAAUUGGAUCAUUCGGAAAACUUUUUUGCUUAUAAACAUUAUGAACACGAGAGACUGGAGGACAUGGCACUAUUGCAGGAAGAAAUGGCCAAAACAGAAUUGACAGACAUUGAGGAACAGUGUGUCAUUUACAAAAUUGAAAAACAUGACAAUACCAUCACAGGUGAGGAGGAACAGCUGGAGGACAAAGAAAACAUCAACUGCUCCCUGAACUCCAGCCAUAAUGAAGAGACGGAGAGAGAGGAUUUGGUAACAUCGCCGGAAGAUGAAGCAACUCAAAACCACAACCACGACUAUACUGACAAUGAACAGCCGGAGUCUCAUUUAGAUAAGACUGUGCAACAAACACAUUUGGCACCCAAAUUGAAUUUGGUAUGCCAGUGGUCGACACAAAAACCAGCCACCAAAAAAUGCCAUACAACAGCUGGCUCUUCCAAGGGUGCAGUUUCCAAAAAUAUGCCACCCCCACCGCAGGCGUAUUUGGUGAAAGAUCUCUACCAGAAGAAACGUGAAGAAGCUGAACGCCGACGAGAGGAAGAGGAACGCAAACGACGUGAAUUCCAUUCAAGACCCGUGCCAAAUUUCAAUGCCCAUCAUCAACUAAUGGAAAAGCGGAAACCAGCACAUGCCUUUACAGUGGCGGUGACUCCAAAAGUUCUGAAAAAAUCCAAAGAGGCCGAAGAGAAACGAAGACAAAGGCUGGAAGAAUGGAAACAAAAAAAUCAACCUCCCAAAUUUGAAUCACGACCACCAACUGUCCUCAAAGAGAAACCUUUUGUCCCGGAAAAGAAACCAUUGGUCAUCCAGCAGUGCCCAUUUAAAUUGCACACCGAAAAACGUUUAGCCGAACGUAAACAUUACGAUGAGGCGAAACAUAAAGCGCUCGAGGAAAAACGAAAACAGGAGGAAGAAGAACGCAAAAGACGUGAAGAGGAGCGCAUACGUGAACUAAGAAAAGCUGCUACAUUUAAAGCACGACCAAAUCCCUUUAGACACUAAGAUAUUAUUCGUUUAUUA